GAACUUCAGCAGCUUAGCAAGCAAUACAGCAAUAUCAAGCUCCUCCAACUGGAUGUGGUCUGUGAAAACAGCAUCAAGAAAGUAGUCAAGGAAGUGGAAGAAAUUGUGGGAGACAAAGGUCUGAACUGCCUCAUUAACAAUGCUGGCAUCAAUGUGCUUGCUUCCUUGGAAGAAGUCACAGCAGAGACAAUGCUCACCAUUUAUGAAACCAAUACAGUUGCCCAGCUGAUGGUCACCAAGGCGUUUCUACCCCUUCUGAGGAAGGCAGCCCAGCUGAGCACAGGAAUGGGCUGCCAUAGAGCUGCUAUUAUCAAUAUGUCCUCUCUUGCUGCCUCCAUGCAACUCGUCCAGGCAAAUGAGAUGUUCCUCAAGGUCUACCCCUACAGGAUAGCAAAGACUGCACUGAAUAUGAUCACCAGGUGUCUUGCUGCAGACUUGAAAUCGGAUGGAAUUCUCUGUAUUUCUUUGCAUCCAGGCUGGCUUCAGACAGACAUGGGCGGAAACAUGGCUCCCAUGCAGGUGCAAGAGGCUAUCCCAGGUAUUCUCUCUGUUCUGGACCGUCUUGGUGAAAAAGAAAAUGGUUCCUUCCUGGACUGGCAAGGGGAAACUCUACCGUGGUAGAAGUGCACCGUAUGCUACAGGAACAGCAUGUCAGUCACUAUUUAACUUGUGCCACUAAUGUCUGUGUCUCUAGGAUUUUCUUAUACACUAGUUGAAAUAGCCAGUCUGAUAUCCAGCCUCUCUCUAGGUGUAUUUGGAAA